AUUUGGCCACAAUACCUCGCGCCAAAUCCCUUGGCUAUUCUUCUGUUAGCUAGAAAUUAAGAGAGAAUAGAUGGCUGCCCAUUUCCUCUUCCUUGCUCUCAUUGCUCUGGCUUCAUCUCAUGCUAUUGCUUCUGAUCCUAGUCAACUCCAGGACUUCUGUGUUGCUGAUCUUAAAUCAAAUGUGCUUGUAAAUGGGUUCGUUUGCAAGGACCCAAAGCUUGCCAAAGCCGAAGAUUUCUUCUUCUAUGGCCUAGACAAGCCCCGCGACACAGGGAACAAACUUGGGUCUAACGUGACUCAAGUCAACGUGAACCAGAUUCCUGGGCUCAACACGCUUGGCAUCUCGCUGGCUCGCUUGGACUUUGCACCCUAUGGAGUCAACCCUCCUCACAUCCACCCAAGGGGUACGGAGAUCCUUACGGUGUUGGAAGGCACGCUCCAUGUCGGCUUCGUCACAUCUAAUAGCCCCAACAACCAGCUCUUCACUAAGGUCCUUAACAAGGGCGAUGUGUUCGUAUUUCCUCAAGGCCUCAUCCAUUUCCAAUUCAACUAUGGGAAGACAAAUGCUGUUGCCAUUGCCGCUCUCAGCAGCCAGAACCCUGGCGUGAUCACUAUAGCCAAUGCAGUCUUUGGAGCGAAGCCACCAAUCUCUGAUUUUGUUCUUGCCAAGGCCUUUCAAUUGGACAAGAAGACCGUGGACUGGCUCCAGGCCCAAUUCUGGAUGGACAACAACAACUAGAAAACUGCAUACAAGCUAAGCUUCCUGAUGGAAAAUUUGGACGCAAUUAUUUGUACUGUUCUAUUUGAAUAAGCAAACAAUACCCAUCGAUUUGCAUAAGCAAUAAU